AUGCUUUCAAGGGGUUUUGCCUCUUGGGGGGCCGGCGACGCCGUGCGCCUCGCUGGUCUAGGGUCAGCAGCAGCAGCAGCAGCAGCAGCAGCAGUAAGAGAGGCAGCAGCUUCACGAGCUUCCUUCUCUCCUGUAAGCAGCAGCAGCGCAGCAGCAGCAGCAGCAGCAGCAGAAGAGGAGAAAUGGCGUGCUGCUGCACCAGAGGGAAAAUUUAUAGAGGCGCGCGUAAGAGGCGCCAUCAAUUCAGCUGCAGCGUUGAGGGUGCUGCAGCAGCUGAAGCAGCGGCAGCAGCAGCAGCAGCAGCAGCAGCAGCAACAGGAGCAGCAGCAGCAGCAGCAACAGGAGCAGCAGGAACAUAUGCAGCCAGAACCGGUGCAGCAGCAGCAGCAGCAGCAGCAGCAAAAACAGCAGCAGCACCCUUUGCUGCAUGCAACAGCAACCGAAUAUGAAUACAGAAUUCGUCGCAUUAUAUUUGUAGAUCCACGAGAGCAGCAGCAGCAGCAAAGGCAGCAGCAGCAGCAGCAGCAGCAGCAAAUAACACUGGAUGUAUUUUUGUCUCCACAGAGCCUCGCUGGCUCAGGGGUACUUCGUGUUGCUGCUCCGCUGCAGCAAAAAUGGGUGCAGCAGCAGCAGAGCACCGGCAGCGACAGCAGCAGCAGCAGCAGCAGCGACAGCAACAGCAGCAGCAACAGCAGCAACAGCAGCAACAGCAGCAACAGCAACAGCAGCAGCAGCACGGCCAAUCGUUUUUUAUUGGUGCACGAAGCUCCUGUCUCUGAGUGUAUGGAGAAGAUGUUGGAGGCAAUCAACUUCAAGGCUCGAGCUGAAGAAUUUAUUUUACGUCGAAUUUUUGAUUUUGACAUUUUUGGCGGCCCAAUGCAAAUUGCACUCGAAUGGAGAUUUAGGGAUAAAUCAGAGACAGAGGAGAUAUAUCCAGGACAAGUUAUUUUAGAUUUUGUUGCACCCCUCCCUCUGCUGCAGCAGCAGCAGCAGCAGCAGCAGCAGGAGCAGCAGGAGGACCGGCAGCAGUUAGAGCAGCAGCAGCACUUCGAGCAGGAGCAGCAACACCACUUACUGCAGCAGCAGCAGCAGCAGCAGCAGCAGCACUUGCUGCAGCAGCCUCCUCAUCAGUUGCUGCAGCAUCACCAGCAGCAGUUCCUGCAUGAGCAGCAGCAGCUCCUACUACAACAGCAGCAGCAACAACAACAGCAGCAACAGCUGCAGCAGCAGCAGCAGCAGAAGCUAGUGCAGCAGCAGCAGCUAGAUGAGGUGUGGGGCCGAGUGCAGCAAGGAAUUUCUUUUUUCCCUUUUAUUGAUUUACAGCCUACUGAUGAUUUUUAA